AUGUGUGGGGAGUGUGAGUACAAGACAAUUCAAAAGUGUGACUUAUCCAGACAUAUGAGAACUCAUACCGGUGAAAAUCUCUACAUGUGUGGCCAGUGUGAUUAUUCUGCUGCACAGAAAUCCACCCUGGAAAGCCAUCUACUCAAACACACUGAACACUCUGAUGACAAACCCUUCAUGUGUGGGGAAUGUGGGUUCAUGGCAGCUCAUAGGCGUCACCUAUCCGGACAUAUGAGGAGUCAUACUGCUGAAAAACCCUACAAAUGUGACCAGUGUGAUUAUUCUGCUGCAAGGAAACACCAUUUGGACAUCCAUGUUGCAAAGCACACCGGUGACAAACCCUACAUGUGUGGGGAAUGCAUGGCAGAGGCAGGAAAUGGGUCUCCUACUACUGUUCCCCAGAAACUCGGUGAUGGUUCUCCUAUUGGAGUUUUAGAUGACAGAGAUGCAGGCAUUGUCGAAGACCAGCCGACAGAAGGCAAAAGCAGUUCGAACUGUCAAUUGGAAGCACAUACUGAUUAA